UUUAUACUAUUUUUUCUAGUUCUUUUCGUCACCAUUUCUUUUUUUUACUGAUUCUCACAAAUUAUUUUGUAUUUUAAUAGAGGAAGUGCCUGGUUCAGUUAUGCUAAAUAAAGCCCAUUUUGCUAUGAUCUUUCUCAUUUAGUAUUUCUUUAGCUUUGACUCGUGAAGGUGAACAAUUUUUUUUUUUUUGUCAAAAUUUUGUUUGUUUCUUUAUUUGGCUUGGAGUUGAAGUGAUCGAAUGGAGUGGGUAAGGAUCUGAUUCUGGGUGGAAGUUAACUAAGGGGCAUGAAAAGUGAUUGAUUUCAGGAUUUGGGUUCAUCAUAUUGUUUAUGGUCUAUGAGUUUGGUUUUAAAAUGGAGAAAAUGUUAGCUCUUUUCCAUUAUAUGAGGCGUGUUUUCUUUUUCUAAGUUUGCUGAGAUUAAUGGAUCGAGAGGAAAUGGGUGAUAGGAUAGAAGCUAGUAAGAAUUUGAGUCGAGUUGGUGAAGGAGUCAGUGGAUGUUCAAAGAAUCCGAUUAAUGGGGUUGUGUCUGAGACUGUUAUUGUGAAAAAGUCUGAAGAAAAUGUAUGUUUUAGUGGAGAAAGUGCGGAUUUGAGAUUGCGAAAUGAUGGCUUUGGAUCAUGUAAGCAUCAGGAGAUGGAUUAUGGGAGAGGCAUCGGUCAUCCAUUGAGUCAGAAUUAUCUGGGAAGUACUGGGAAUUCGAGUACUUUAGUUGAUGGAAAUGUGCUUGAGAAUAACGAAAGGGAUAUGGGAGUGAAAAACAAUGGGGCGGUAUCAAGUGAGGGGUUGGUUGAAGCAAGCGAUGAAUUGAUUAUUGAGGAGACAAACAAGAUGAGAGGAGUUGGUGAAACACUGGGUCAUGUUGAUCAAGGAAGUAGUGGGAGUUUGGGCAAUUCAGUUGACGGAGUUGUGCUUGAGACCAUUAUUGUGACUAACACCCAAGAGGCAGCAUGUGUGGAUGGAAGUAAUGAGGUAUUAGAAGUGAAAGACAAUGAACUGGGUUCAAGUAGAGUAUUGGCAGAAAGGCCAAAGACAAAGGUUGCUGACGCAGAGGACUCAUGUGUGAUUGAUAUAAAGGGAAGUGGUGGUGGUGGUGGCAGAAGACAGUUUAAGGAGACUUGGGAUGGGGAAAGAGUUUGUAGAAUUUGCCAUUUGAAUUCAGAGCAAUCACUUGAAUCUACUGAUAGUGUGUCAACUACUGCAGCCUCUAUGGAUCUAAUUCAACUUGGUUGUGGGUGCAAAGAUGAGCUAGGAAUUGCGCAUAGUCAUUGUGCAGAGGCAUGGUUUAAGGUGAAAGGAAACAGAAUGUGCGAAAUUUGUGGUCAAACUGCAAAAAAUAUCACUGGCGUUAGACAUAAUGGAUUUAUUGAAAAUUGGCAUAACCAAGGAUCUACCAGUGGUGGUGUUAGGUCAUCAGAUCGAGGUGCGAGAUGUUGGCGUGGACAGCCAUUCUGUAACUUCCUGAUGGCAUGCCUGGUAAUAGCCUUUAUACUGCCAUGGUUCUUUCGUGUAAAUUUGUUCUAGCAAGUUCACACCUGAGGUUCUUCCUUUGCGUGACCGCUUUGCCCUGCUUCUCUGGCGGCCUUUCCUGUGGAAUUUGGUUGGAUAUGAAAUAACUUGUCACUGGAGCUAUUUUAUGGGUUGUUUCUGGUUUUCAAUGCCCAUAUAGACAUACUUAGACCUAAAGGCUUGAGGCUUCAACUUCUGGAAGUUGUCAUUGUGAAAAAAAAAUAAAAAUUGCAUGCCUCAAUUCUUUUACAGAGCCACAAUGUCAUUUCUGGAAUUGAGUUGUCGUUGGCAUAAAGAUCUAGAUUUGGCAUAGAUGCCAUUAUCAUUUUGGGAAUUCCCAUUGUAUACAUGAAUGUAAUCACAAAUUUGGUCAACACAGAUUUUAUCUUAUAAUAAUGGAAACGUGGUUUUGAAAUCGUAUAAUUUUUUGGUUCUGAACUUUGGAUUGCAUGGCUACCGAGGCAUGAUCAUUUUAGGAAGCCAAAU